UGCAUCUCUUGGAUUUGAUUCACAGGAAGAUGUUAUUUCGCUUCCAUGUUUAUCUUUCUGUGAAAUCGACCUCCAAUUUCUAUCCGUUUCCUAUAAGAAAGGAGUGUUGUUUGUGCGGAGUGUUCAGUGCUGCCUCAGCUGCGAUAUGGACACGAGAAGCGUUGUCGUUUUGCUCUGCUUACUGGCAGUUUUAGAUGGCAAGAAAUUUCGGUGUGACUACAGAUACUUCCAGAACGCCGAUGGAUGGCUGAAGCUGCACCGCGUACCCGCCAACUGGGCAGAGGCUCGUCUCAGAUGCCACCUUGAAGGAAGCAAUUUGGCGUCUCCCUUGAACGUGGGUCUGAAAGCAGCGAUGUCAGUGCUCAUAGGGGAAGCGUCGGGCGACAUGACAUGCGGUGUCUUCACCGGCAUACACGCGAUGUUCUCAAGAGGAGAUCUCUAUUCCAUAGAAGGCGUCCCCUUGUCAAAGAUCCCACAUACUUGGGCGAGCGGGGAGCCAGAUAACUACAAGGACCAGGAGAGUUGUAUCGCAAUGCUGGGCGAUGGCAGCUUCGCCGACGUCGACUGCCGCGAGCCGCUGCCCUACAUCUGCUACAAGUCGAACGCUAAAACGAUGGUCGUGACCAGCUGCGGCACCACCGACAAUGGUAACUUUUACUAUUAAAUAGAGGCACGUUUA